AUGGCCCCUGACAUAGCAGACAUGACCGGAGAGGAACCCCUGGGCCCAUGGGUGUCCAGCCCCGUGGGGGAGAUCAAGUUAAUGCCUGAGCUCGGGCUGGAGGAGAAACCCAACUGCUUCAAGCAAGAUGUCAAGCACUAUCACACAGACAAGCCCUCUGACGAAUGUGAAGCAAUCACUGACAGUGAAGAGCCGUUCUGUAGGAUCUGCCAUGAAGGCAGGACCUCUGGGGAGCUGCUGUCUCCCUGUGAGUGCUCAGGCAGCCUGGCCAUGGUGCACCAGGCCUGCCUGGAGCACUGGCUCACCGCCUCCAACAGCAGCCACUGUGAACUCUGCCACCACCACUUUGCACUGGAGCGCCUGCCAAAACCUCUUACUGAGUGGUUGCGUUCUCCAUCCAUGCAGCAGCAGAGGAGGACACUGUGUGGCGAUGCACUGUGUUUCCUGUUCAUCACACCACUGGCCAGCCUGUCAGGAUGGCUGUGUGUUCAAGGAGCCAUGGAUCUCUAUUUCACCAAUGGCAUGGAGGCUCUGGGGCUCCUGGUCCUCACACUUGCACUCUUUACCAUAUACAUCUUUUGGACAGUGGUAUCUGUUCGCUACCACAUGCAUUUGUUCAAGACAUGGAAGAAGAGCGACCAGCGAGUGCGACUGCAGAUUCCCUUGCCUUCCCACGCGACACGUACUCAACAGACCCCGUCCAUAAACACCCUCGGCAAAGACACAAAGAAAGAGACUAUGGUGUAAACUGCAGUUAACAAUGCUGCAUGUACCUCAAGAAUAAGCAGAGAGGGGAAAGCAACUCAAUCCAACCCUGACGAGCUGGAGGACUGAGACCAGGGGUUCUGUCCAUCCAAUUAAGUUGGAUUUAUUUGUCGAUUUUCUGAGACACACCUGUUAUCCACAACAUUAAGCGCACCUGAUAUUAUGAAGAGCCCCAUCAUGACACCAAAACAGCUGUCUCCUAUUGGGACACAAAUACAGAACCUCCGGGGGUGUCCUGGUGUUUGGCACUGGGCCGUUGGAGGUGGAUUGCUUCGGUCCUGUUGGUUGAGGGGUGGGGCCCUCCAUGAAUCCAAAUUCCAGGGCGUCCUAGGGAUCACAAAAGUCUACAGCAAUGUAAGCAGCUCUGUGAGGCUCUGUUUUGGUGAGUUUU